CUAGAAUUAUGUAGAGCAUAGGCAGUUGAGCAAAGACUGCAGGUAUACAUUUGCUCAUUUGAGAAUCCGGUUGACAAGUAGUUGAACAGACCUGAAACACUGGACAAAGAUAUGGCGGGAAACGGUACUUCAAAACCAGCAGCCCCAGCCCCAGCCCCAGCCGCAGCUCCACCUAAAGUUUUUGACAAACCAUGGAGGAACACACCUUGGGGUGGAAGAGAUCAGUUGUUGGAGGACCUGAAGGCAUAUGUUCCACGUAACCCUGGCAUAGAACAUGUUAGGAUUCUGCUAAGUGGACCAAUCGGAGCGGGCAAAUCAAGCUUCAUCAACUCCAUCAACAAUGUCUUUCAGAAUAAAAUGACAAUGAAAGCCCAGGUUGAUUCUGCUAUGGCUGAUAAAAGCUUCACCACAACAUACACAACACACAAAAUUGAGAAUCGAAAAACUGGAUCUUAUUACCCAUUUGUCUUCAAUGAUGUCAUGGGUUUUGAGAAACCGAAUGGCAAAGGAGUGCAUGAAGAUGACCUUAAGAAAGCACUGACAGGACAUGUGAAAGAGGGUCACAAGUUCAAUCCGAGUCAUUCAUUGACCGAGGGCGAUUUGGGCUACAAUAAGUCCCCCAGUCCAAGUGACAGAGCCCACUGCCUGGUCAAUCUGAUUCCAGCAGAUAAGAUUGCUCUCAUGGAUGAUGAGGUCAUCAAGAAGAUGAGGGCCAUUAGAUUAGUGGCCAGUGAUUUGGGAAUUCCCCAAGUGGUCAUCCUCACCAGGGUUGAUAUAGCUUGUCCAUUGGUGAAAGAAAACUUAAGAAAUAUGUAUCUAAGCAAGUAUAUCAAGGAGAUGAUGGAGAAAUGCAGUAUAAAGCUGGGCGUCCCAGUGAACUGCAUCUUUCCUGUGAGGAACUACCACGAGGAAAUCGAAUUGGACGAAGACAUGGAUGUGCUGUUAUUUAGAGCACUGAAGCAGAUGGUCGACUUUGGAGACGAUUUCCUAAAGGAGAUGGAACAAUCUUAAACAAGACUUGUGCCUAAGCUAUCGACACCAUCUGUGUGAAGCAUGCCCGACAUAGAAUAACAGAGAUUGUGGUCUCAGCCAUAUUUAAAAAUGGCAAAUACAGCUCCCCAUUGAUAUAGUGAGAUAGUUAUUAUUACGGCGCAUUUCAUUCUAAUAAUAAUAAUACAGCAUCAUCAUCUAAAUGUUGAUAAUACGAUCUGUGUUCUCCAUUGAUGUCUGUUUAUCUGAGUUUGAUUGGUUAUAUAUAUAUAUAUAUCAAACAUUAUUUUAACAUUUCUACAAACUUCAAAGUGUUUCCUAUCCAAUGGUACCAAUUAUAUGCAAAUCUUGGCUUCUGGCCCUGAGUAACAGGCAGUUUACAGAAAUUCAGAAAAAAUACCCUAGCCUGAGUAAGAUAUUUGUGCUCUAUUGAUGUCUGUUUUGAGCUGAGUUUGAUUAUACCUAUAAAUUCCUAGAGGUGCA